AUGGAGUCCGUACAGCCACACCUCGACACCCUUGUCUCUGUUAAAGCAAUCCACGGCUCAAGUGGCGGUAACGGCGACGCGGACGGUGGAAAAGAGCUCAUCACCGACAACGGGGAGCCUCGUCGGAGCUCCGGUGUAGUCGAGGAGGAGAUAGUGAAGGAUGAGGAGAGGAGAUCCAAUGCGUCCAUGUGUUCGGUGGAAGUAGAUCUGGAGCUCGGGAUGCCUGAGAAAGCCGUACAUUUGUCGCAACCUGACAAGGACUGCAGGAUUUGUCACAUGAGCUUGGAUGCAGCGAAUCUGGAAUCUGGUGUUCCGAUUGAGCUAGGCUGUUCUUGCAAAGACGAUCUCGCUGCUGCUCACAAACACUGUGCUGAGACUUGGUUCAAGAUCAAAGGAAACAAAAUCUGUGAAGUGUGUGGGUCGAUUGCGGGUAAUGUUGUUGGAACUGUGGAGGCAGAGUCUGAGGAAACUCGGAACGAAGCAAAUGGCACAGUGAAUCAAGCUCUGAGAACCUCCGGUCCGCGGUUGGCGCAAUCUAGAAGCUUCUGGCAAGGUCACCGGUUCUUGAACUUCCUUUUAGCCUGUAUGGUCUUCGCCUUUGUGAUCUCAUGGCUCUUCCAUUUCAAUGUUCCCUCCACAUAG